AUGUUUGGUACUCAAGGACAGUUCCAGCAGAUUUUGAAAGAGGUUGAUGUACCCAUUGUGGCUUCGGCUACAUGCCAGUCGCAGUUACAAGCCGCCAGACUUGGGCCCUCUUUCGUUUUAGACACAACCUCCUUCAUUUGCGCCGGGGGAGAGCCCAAUAGAGAUGCUUGUACAGGCGAUGGUGGAUCAGGUUUAGUCUGCUCAGUAAACGGUCAAUGGGUUCUAGUAGGAUUGGUGUCCUGGGGGUUGGGAUGUGCAGCAUCUAACGUCCCUGGCGUAUACAUCAACAUUGCAGCACUCUUACCCUGGAUUCAGCAACAAGUCGCUACACCAUAA